CCGCCAAGAUCCAGGCUAGUUUCCGCGGCCAUAUGACCCGCAAGAAGAUCAAAGGGGGUGAGAUCGAUCGGAAAACCAAGGACGCCGAGUGCGCCAACAGCAGCCGCGGCGGCGACCUGCGCAACGGCGACUAG